CUGAGAAGAGGCGGAGCUAUUACGUUUGCCCCGGCUGCGUGGACUACACCUGAUGCAAGAUGAGUGUCCCUGACUACAUGCAAUGUGCGGAGGAUCAUCAGACUCUGCUCGUUGUGGUCCAGCCCGUUGGGAUUGUUCCCGAAGAGAGCUUUUUCAAGAUCUACAAGCGGAUCUCCACAGUGAGUCAGAUAAACAUCCGUGACUCUCAGCGUGUGUUGUACAUUCGCUACAGGCAUCAUUAUCCACCGGAGAACAACGAAUGGGGGGAUUUCCAAACACAUCGCAAAGUUGUGGGGCUCAUAACGAUCACAGACUGUUCCUCUGCUAAGGAUUGGCCUCAGACCUUUGAAAAAUUUCACAUUCAGAAGGAAAUAUAUGGCUCAACGCUUUACGAUUCUCGACUGUUCGUCUUUGGACUUCAAGGAGACGUUGCAGAACAGUCUCGUACAGAUGUGGCCUUUUAUCCGAGUUACGAUGAGUGUGAAAGUGUGGAGAAGAGAAUCGAGGACUUCAUUGAGUCUCUCUUCAUUGUAUUAGAAUCCAAGCGCUUGGACAGAGCCACUGAUAAAUCUGGAGAUAAGAUACCACUUCUCUGUGUUCCCUUUGAAAAGAAGGAUUUUGUAGGUCUGGAUACAGAUAGUAGACACUAUAAGAAGCGUUGCCAGGGUCGUAUGCGGAAGCACGUUGGCGACCUCUGCCUGCAAGCUGGGAUGUUACAGGAUUCCCUGGUCCACUACCACAUGGCCGUGGAGCUUCUCCGUUCUGUAAAUGACUUUUUGUGGCUCGGAGCUGCUCUUGAAGGAUUAUGUUCAGCCUCUGUUAUCUAUCACUAUCCUGGAGGCACCGGAGGAAAAAUUGGUCCUCGCAGGGCUCACGGGAGCUCACUUCCUGCAGAGGCAGGCAACAGGCACAGACCAGGGGCACAAGAAGUACUCAUUGAUCCAGGUGCCCUCACAUCAAAUGGUAUCAAUGCAGAUACCAGUACUGAAAUAGGGCGUGCGAAGAACUGUCUUAGCCCUGAAGACAUUAUAGAUAAAUACAAAGAGGCCAUUUCCUACUACAGCAAGUACAAGAACGCUGGCGUGAUUGAGCUGGAAGCCUGCGUGAAGGCCGUGCGGGUCCUGGCAAUACAGAAGAGAAGCAUGGAGGCUUCUGAGUUCCUCCAGAAUGCUGUUUAUAUUAACCUUCGUCAGCUGUCUGAAGAAGAGAAAAUCCAGCGCUACAGCAUUCUCUCGGAGUUGUACGAGCGUAUUGGGUUUCACCGCAAAUCCGCUUUCUUCAAGCGGGUUGCAGCAAUGCAGUGUGUGGCGCCUAGCAUAACAGAGCCUGGAUGGAGAGCCUGCUACAAACUUCUUCUGGAGACCCUUCCUGGAUACAGUCUGUCUCUGGACCCUAAGGACUUCAGCAAAGGAACUCAUCGCGGCUGGGCUGCUGUGCAGAUGCGUUUGCUUCAUGAGCUGGUGUACGCAUCGAGAAGAAUGGGAAACCCAGCGCUUUCAGUCCGGCAUUUAUCUUUUCUCCUGCAGACCAUGCUGGAUUUUCUUUCUGACCAAGAAAAGAAAGAUGUGACACAGAGUUUAGAAAAUUAUACUUCAAAAUGCCCCGGGACAAUGGAAUUCAUUACCCUUCCAGAUGGCUUGAAGCUUCCACCUGUUCCAUUCACUAAACUACCCAUCGUCAGAUCCGUCAAGCUCUUAAACCUCCCCGUCAGCCUUCGACCACAAAAAAUGAAGAGCUUGCUGGGCCAGAACAUGUCAACCAAGAGUCCUUUUAUAUAUUCUCCCAUCAUUGCUCACAAUCGCGGAGAGGAGCGAAGUAAAAAAAUAGAUUUUCAGUGGGUCCAAGGAGAUGUUUGUGAAGUUCAGUUGAUGGUGUAUAAUCCAAUGCCUUUUGAACUUCGUGUAGAAAACAUGGGGCUUCUGACAACUGGAGUUGAGUUCGAAUCUCUCCCUGCAGCACUCUCCCUCCCCGCAGAGUCUGGCCUUUACCCUGUGACACUUGUGGGUGUUCCUCAGUCGGCAGGGCAGAUCACCAUCAAUGGUUAUCAUACGUCAGUCUUCGGAGUCUUCAGUGACUGCCUUCUGGAUAAAUUACCAGGAAUAAAAACGAACGGCUGCACCGUGGAAGUCAUUCCAGCUUUGCCUAGAUUGCAGAUUAGCACUUCAUUGCCAAGGUCUGCUCAUACGCUGCAGCCUUCCUCGGGGGAUGAAAUCACCACCAAUGUGUCAGUCCAGCUCUACAAUGGAGAGACCCAACAACUCAUAAUUAAACUAGAAAACAUUGGAACAGAACCUCUGGAGAAGCUGGAGGUAACAUCAAAAAUGGUCAACACAAAAGGGAAGCUGUUUGGUGAUUUUCUGAGUUGGAACCUAGAAGACACGCUUUCCCAGUUCCCCCUGAAACCAGGCAAAAUUGCUACGUUUACUGUGAACAUUAAAGUGAAGCUUGACUUCUCCUGCCAGGAAAAUCUCCUUCAGGAUCUUAAUGACGACACACCGACCAGAGUCCUUGACGCUAAAUCCCGCUUCAGUCAUGGACUCAGAAGUCCUGGUGAGACCAUCAACAUCGACGGCUCUGGCUUCGAAGCCCUCGUCCGAUAUCGUUUGGUCGACAUCGAAGUGUUCGGCACCGACGGCGCAAUCUUCAGUGUCGACGCCCGUGAAGAGGAAACAGAAGAUGGUAUCGGCAUCUGA